AAUGGUAAAUGGAGUAUUGACAUGUUUUUCACCUUAUGUGGGUUGCAUCACAAAUGCCGUGAAGGCAGCGCUCUGCUCUGCCUUUGAAAUUUAAUCUGAAACUGCAGAGAGUCAUAGGCAACACAUUUUUUAGUUUCCACCAGCUCCUCCUGCAGCUGUGCACAUUACAACUGAACAAACGAAACAGGCUGACAAGCAUGUCACUCUCGAGUACUUUCAUCUGCUUCUUUAUCAUUUUCCAUCUCACAUGAUCUAUGAUCUUACCUCGGAAGCCUACUAGUAACAUCGGCCGUCGCAGUCGAGUAGUUACAGAGAUGCCAUUGUUCGAACGGAAGUGACAGAUGAGAGUGACAGAAUGUGAGGGCGUUCGUUUUUCUCUCUGAAGCAGGUGUGGGCAGAGAUAGGAUGCACAUAGGAAAUGCUAGAGGACAGUCCAUCUGUAUUCUGCAGCCUGUGCUCUUGGCAAACGCAGGCCUUAAUGAGUUCUACCCGAUGAGCGCCUCCAGGGCUCCAGGCAGCUAUCAACUGCGCAUACACACACGCAGUACACCACAUCCUGAAAUCUCUGGAAUGCUAGUUAGCCACAAUGUCUUCAGACCGACUGAGAAUUUAUUGACAAAGGACCUCUGUGCUUGCAAGGAUGGUGAUAGCCUUCACAUAACUCAUCUUUCGCAAAUGGUUCGAAUUAUUCUCACUUGCGUUGAGUGUGCACACUCAUUGGGGGGGUGAGGACUAAAAGAAAACAAAUUUUUGCAUGUCAUGAGGACUCUCAUUUUAGUCCGAAGUUUGGCGCGCUGCUGUUUACCUGCAAACUCUGCAGCUUCGGCCAUGCAACGUUCAUUGUUUGCAAUGUUUUGUGUGUUUGUAUGACAACCAAGCAUGAGUUACCUUUCACCCCACAAAAAAAAAAGGGAGCAACGUGGGUACAAGCUAGGACAAACACAAGUGGACUAAUCCUGCAACAACUUCGGACACUGUCACACUCAGGGGAUCUGCAUGGCCCACGUCUCAUUAUUUUCCAAUCUGCAAUAAAGUCGGGCAGGAAUAACAGUAACAGGGCCAGUGUUGCACAAUCACGCAAGCUGUUUGUGUAUCCAUUACGACUGAGUGGCCACAAGAGCGCAAGGUAAAAACAAGUGGCCGGUGCUCAAACAUUACACAGAAACAAAAUCCCGGUUAUCUGCUCAAAAUACAAAGAAAAACCGGGAUUACGGCAGAUGACGAGAGCUGAUCCAGGCAAACAACUGCAUGUGAGGACAGGGGAGGAAGCGAGGGGAAGACACAACAGCGGAUUCCUGAUGUUUCAUCGCUUCACACAGGAGACCCAGUUAAUGUGCUCUUGACAUAGAUUACAGCUGAAAACAUUGACAUGGAAACAACCUUUGUGAACCAUAACUUGCCGUUGUCGGGAAAUUCAGGUAAAACAGUACUUGACCACUUACGGCUGAAACCGUGGGACCUGAUGUUCAGUGCCUACCAGUUCUGCGGCUACAUCUACACCAGCUGUUUUAAUCAAGUUGCUGAGUGCAUGAACAUGUACACGAGAAAAACAGUGGCCGUCAAGAUCCUGAGGAAGAGGGCGAGUGAUUCUCAGGAGCCCAGGGAGCUGACAGUGCUUAAACAAAUGGAAAGGCUUAGUCCUGUCAACAUUGUUCAUUUCUUUGAGGACUUUAAUUACAAAGGGCAUACUUGUCUAGCCUUUGAAAAGCUAGACAUGAGACUACAUGACCUGCUGCAGAAGAGGCGCGACAAACCGCUCUCUCUUGCGGAAAUUAAACCCAUUACUCAGCAGUUGCUAAACGCCCUCGAAUUUCUGAAGGAUGCCGGCGUCAUACAUACAAAUAUUAAACCACAUAACAUUAUGUUGGUGAAUCAUAAAGACCAACCCUUCCGAGUCAAACUCACUGGCUUUGGUAGAGCCAUCCAAAUUGCUGACAUUAAGCGGCAUGCAGUCACGCAGGUCUUUGGAUACAGGUCUCCUGAUGUUAUUCUGGGCCUUCCUGUCUCAGCAUCCACAGAUAUGUGGUCUUUGGGUGCUGUUGUGGCUACCAUGUAUCUCGGCAGCCCACCUUUCCCUCACCGUUGUCCGUAUUACCUGAUGAAAACUCUUGUGGAGACUCUGGGUCAGCCAGAGGACGCGCUGCUAAAUGAAGGUACCAGCUCCCUGCUGUAUUUCAGCUGCGACCGGUCGGACUCUGGAAACUGUGCAUGGAGGUUCAAGACACCAGAAGAGCACAGGGCUGCAACUGGGUACCCACCACUGAUUUACAGAGGCAAAUAUAUCAAGGUUGACAGUAUUCAAGACCUCACAAAGGUGAACCCCGAUUUGAACCCAUGUGAGGACAGGCUAACAUUUGCCAGCCUUCUGAGCAUGAUGCUUCACAUGAACCCUUACAAUAGAAUCACACCAAGCGAGGCUUUGACGCACCAUUUUUUGACUCGGCACCAUUUUUUUGAAACGGCUGACGACGCCCCAUGUAACGCUCCUACUGAAACUACUGGCGGUCCUCCAGAUAUUACUUCAUCUGAAGCUCCUUGUGAAGCUCCAGCUGCAACUGUUGGGGAUGCUCCAAGUGUAGCUCUAGCUGAAAGUGCCAGUGAAGUUCCUGGCAAAGCUCCCACUGAAACCACAAAUGAAGCUACUGGCGAAGCUGCUGGUGAAGUAACUGGUGAAGCUCCUUGUGAAGCACCCGCUGAAACUACUGGUGGUGCUCCUGACAUUACUUCUUUUGAAGCUCCCAGUGAAGCUCCUACCAAAAAUACUGGCAAUGCUACUGAUAUUACUUCUGCAGAUCCUAGUGAAGCGUCUCCUGCAACUGUUAAUGAUGCUCCAGGUGUAACUCUUACUGAAGCUGCUGGUGAAGCUCCUGCCAAAGCUCCUACUGAAACUACCUCUGAUGCCCCUACUACCAGUGGAGCUCCUUGUGAAGCUCCCACAGGUGUAACUCUUGCUGAAGGUGCUAGUGAAGCUCCUUGUGAAGCUCCCACUGAAACUACCUCUGAUGCCCCUGACAUCACUUCCAAUGGAACUCCUUGUGAAGCUCCCACCGAAAACACAGAUGGAGCUACUGGUGAAUCUGCUGGUGAAGUGACUGGUGAUGCUCUUUGUGAAGCUGAAACUGAAGCUGCAACUGAGGAAACUUGUGACACUAAUGGUGAAACUCUUAAUGAAGUUACUGGCAACACAAACACCCGGAGGACACUUGAGAAAAGAAUCAGAGAAUUUGCCAACAGGUUGUCUAAAGUUCAUUGUUGCUGUUGCACUGCAAAUGCUGUUGAAUGAGUGUCAUCAUUCAUCAUAACUUUUUAUAAUUAGUUAUUAAAUAAACAAUGAAUAAAUAAACCGAUGAUUUUUUAAGCUGCCAACAAAAAAGUCAUUGCAGAAGCAAACAUGUGGCAUUGCAGUUGCAGCAGGAGCAGGAAGGGUUUUAGCUUUGGUAAGAACAGGAGCAAAGUGUUAAUAGGUGACUAUAUUAGAAGAGUAUGUAGAAUUUUUGAUUGUGUUAAUUUGUGUAAUGACACAACUAAGAAGUCCAAUCAUAUUGUCUGUCAUCUACUCAUGUAUCAAACAGAAAACUGAAAUGGAAAUUUACUUUGUUAUCUUCUCAUUUUGAAUUGUAACAAACAUUUUUGGUAAAAGUUUGACAAUGACAGUGGAUGCAA